GGUAGAAGGACUGAGUGGAUAAUUUGUUUUUGUCACAGGAGCGAAAGCUCAAGAUGCUUCUACGUGAUAUCCAUAUCGUCCUUGAUGACGUAUUUGCUUUUUCUCUUUGACUACGUACGCACGACUACGAGUAGGCCGUUGCACUAGUUCUACAUCAAUAAACUAAGAAGUCCCGGCUUGUGCUUAUCGAACUACAACAGUUCAUUUGUCAGAAAAAAUGUCGUUCUCAUUGGAACCGCAUCCGAUUGGCGUGAAAUACUGGACCAACAUCUGGAAGGAGUCGAAGGAUGUUCCUUUCGCAGAAGCCCACUCAAAAUUCCAGAGCUGGUACCAGAACACUAUGAAAGGGAAGGUAGUUGCAAGAUCUCGGCACUACUUACUGUUUAUCGUCUAGAUCAUCUAGUAAGUUUGGUAAUCAUGAUGAUUGGGAUCGGUCAGCUCUUUCAGGAGUAGAGCUUCAACUUCUACUGACGGGAUAGAUAUGCGUGAGUACUAGAGCAGCUCGAAUAUCAUCACCAGAACCAGUGGUCUGUUUCUUUGCUAGUUGUAUCCUAAUCCUUGUAGAAAUCCUCUUUCCUCCACCUCGUCGUUCAUAUCGGAGUUCUACAAAUCGUUUGGUCGAUUUUACUACCGACACCGUGCCGGCAGCCUCGGAGCAUUAGCUCCCCUUGUGGUCGGUGGCUUGGCGUUCAAAUUCGUCUCGAGCUACUAUGGGAUCCUACGAGAUAAUGCGGCAGCGAUCGAAGCAGGUAAAGCCUACGGCCAGGGAGGCUACAAGAGCAAUCCAGUUCCGAAAUAGAGGAAGGUUUUUGCUCAGGUGUCGUGACAUGUGCGUUCAUGUGGAAGAGGGUUGAUUCAUUCUUACAAAUAUAAUCAUCUUCUUGGGGCGGUGGUUUGUUGUCGCCAGGAGGCGGACGAGGAGGUUGAUUUAUCCAACAAUUGUUGUUCGUUCUUCUCGGGAUGAUUGGUGGUAGUUGAGACUGAGUAACCUUGUUGAAAACCCCUGACGGGGACUAGUCUUCAAGUGUGCUGCACGAAAGCGCUGUCUUCCAAAUGAUUCUUUUUCCUAUCAUUAACAAACUCAAACUGCGUGCCUUUUCUUGCAAGCAUGGCCGUCAGCUCGAUGUAAGUGUAACAGACACAGACCGUAACUACAAGCACAAGAGGAGGCAACACAGGC